UUAACAAAAUGGCCCCAAUAUUUCGGAGCCUUUCAGUGUCUAGCCUGUCCUCGUACAGGCCCCCACCAACAAUUUCAAAAACUUAUUCAAUUAAAAGUUUGGACGAUGUAAGUGGAUCACCAAAAAUUCAAUAUAUUUAUUUUUACCCUUAUUAUCGUUCAUAUUAUCCUUCUUAUCGAUAUAAUAGUGUUAGGACAUAUGUUAAUUUUUAUAAUAGACAUUAUUCUAAUUGGCCAGAACAUCAUUUUAAUUAUCCAUUCAGUAAUUAUAAACCUCUUUCUUUCUAUGGCAGUUACACUUAUGCCCCUUAUAAAAGCUACAAAAACCCAUCAGGCUAUUAUUAUGGUUGGUAUAAUGGACCUUUAGAUUAUUAA